GUUUUUUGCAAUUUGAGAAACAUCAAAGCCGGUAGCCGAUUCCGAUUCCUAACACUAAAAGGUUUAUCCCGAGUGCAAAAGGAAGCAAAACUCAAUGGAAAUGGAAGCCUCCAAUGCCAUCACCGGUAGUUUCGAUUAUGAAAUUCUGGCGGAAAUCGGCGAAGGAGCCUACGGUAAAGUUUACAAAGCCAGGCAUCUAAAGAACAAACUCGAUUUUGUCGCAAUAAAAAAAAUAAAACUGGAAAAAGGUGCCGAUCGAAAUGGAGUCCCGUCGUUCAUGAUACGAGAGGUGGCCGUUUUGAGAAAAAUAAACACUUUCGACCACCCGAACAUUGUCAGGUUGCUUGAUGUGUGUGCUUCGUGCAGCGCAAAGGAAUUAGAUUUGACUCUCGUGUUUGAAUAUAUCGACAUGGAUUUAGCGUCCUAUCUGAAGAGCGUUCCCGAGUGUGGACUGCCCCGUGAAAAGAUUCGGGGCGUGAUGUGGCAGCUGCUGAGCGGCCUGGAUUUCCUGCACACCCACAUGGUGAUUCACCGCGACCUGAAGCCGGAAAACAUUUUGAUCAGCAGCCGGGGACGGAUUAAAGUGACGGACUUCGGCCUGGCGCGCCUCUACAGUUUCAACAUGGCGCUGACGCCCGAAGUCGUCACGUUGUGGUACAGAGCUCCGGAGAUUCUCCUUUACUCCAGCUACCUCUCAUCUGUGGACGUGUGGAGCGCUGGCUGUGUGUUUGCUGAGCUGCAUCUGCUCAGGCCGUUGCUUUGUGGAUAUUCAGAACUGGAGCAGCUGAAGAAGAUAUUUGAGUUUAUCGGAGCCCCCCCACAAGAAGAGUGGCCUGAGAACAGUCCUCUACAGCAUCGCUCUUUCUGGAGCGAGACUGGCACCCACACGCAGAAUCCCAUUGCCAACAUGGACGAGCUGGGCAAAGACUUGCUGCUGAAAUUCCUGUGUUUCAAGCCGAUGAAGAGACUUUCUGCCGCGGAAGCCCUGGAGCAUCCCUACUUCAGGACUGAGACAGAAGCCCUGGAGCAUCCCUACUUCAAGACUGAGGCAACGAGCCGAGUCGUAGAGGUGUGGCCUUGAAGGAAAAAAGGAUCUGACCUGCACACGACGGCCCCGCCCCAUCGCUGCCUUAUCAACCAUCGAACGCACGUCCUUCGUGUUUAUCAUGA